AUGUUACUGUCAGAGAGAAACAAAAGCGGGGCUACAUUCACUCUCUUGGGCUUCUCAGAUUAUCCAGAACUGCAAGUCCCUCUCUUCUUAAUUUUUCUAACCAUUUAUAGUGUCACUGUCGUAGGGAAUAUUGGGAUGAUGGUUAUAAUCAAGAUUAACCCCAAACUGCACACCCCCAUGUACUUCUUCCUCAGCCACCUCUCAUUUGUGGAUUUCUGCUACUCUUCCAUCAUUGCUCCCAAGGCCCUGGAAAACCUGGUUGUAGAAGACAAAACCAUUUCAUUUCCAGGAUGUGUAGUACAAUUCUUUUUCUUUUGUACCUUUGUGGUAACUGAAUCCUUUUUAUUAGCUGUGAUGGCCUAUGACCGCUUUGUGGCCAUUUGCAACCCUCUGCUCUACACAGUUGCCAUGUCCCAGAAGCUCUGUGCCAUGCUGGUGGUCGGAUCAUAUACAUGGGGAAUAGCAUGUUCCUUGAUACUCACAUGUUCUGCUAUCAAAUUAUCUUUUCAGGGUUUCAAUACAAUCAAUCACUUCUUCUGUGAGUUCUCUGCAUUGCUCUCCCUGUCUUGCUCUGAUACUUACAUCAGUCAGUUGUUGCUUUUCAUUUUUGCGACCUUUAAUGAGAUCAGCACACUGCUCACCGUUCUCUUGUCUUAUGUGCUCAUCAUUGUCACCAUCCUCAAGAUGNUGAUUAUUAAAUAUGCCUUGCAAAAAGUUGCCGUGGCCGAGGUCAAAGAGGAUGUUUAUUCUUAA